CUCUCCUCUCAAAAUGGAUUGGGUCUCCUCCGUCCAUCUCACAUACAACAGCUCUCCCAAAAGUCUUCCCAGUUCUGCCGAGAUCUAGAAGACGUAGGGAACCUUCUGCUGUUCCGCCAAGACAAGCUCACCCAUAAUAUUUCAGUGCCGAGUGCUGGCGGCUGCAGCUCUGUCCAUUGGUGCCCUGAUGGUUCUCUUUAUGUUUGUGGAGAUAAUGGUCCAUGUGUCCACCUGAUGGCUGCUAAUGGGAAGCCUAGCCAGGUCAUCCAUUGCUCGGAUGGGGGGCUUUUCCUCCCAGAUUGCGUCACCGUGACUCGAUCUGGCUCGGUAGCAGUUACCGAUCUGACUGAUGGCUUGGUGCGUAUUUACAACCAAAACUCACAGCCGUCCUGGGUGAAGGUGGGUGGAAAACGCACGUCUCCAACAGGCAUUGCUGUUGACUCGAGCGGCCGGAUCCUGGUUGCCGAUUACGCAGCUGGCGUGGUUCAAGCUUUCCAUGUGGACGGCGCCUAUCGUAUCCACGGGGUUCGUCAAGUAUCUGGCCUUCAGGGACCAGUUCAUGUCUGCCCCACCACGGAUGGUGGCUUUGCUGUUAGCGAGGAGUGUGGAGAUGUCAAGUUAUUCAAAGGCAGCAUGAAACUAUCUGGAUCUCUUUCUCAAAAAUACCAACACACGUUUGGAAACCCGACAGGAGUCUGUGCGGAUCCAGAAGGGAACAUCCUUGUAGCUGAUGAGCAGCGGAGGGACGUCACUCUAUUCCCUCCUAAUGGUUCCCCUAUUUGCAUAGUCUCAGGGGGUCUUCUAAGGCCAGCCGGUGUGACGUGCUCCCCCUUUGGUCAUUUAUAUGUAGCUGACUCUGGUGACAACUGUGUCAAGGUAUUUAAGUAUCGAGCAAGACCAUAUUAUGCUUCCGGGAGCCCGAGGGGGUCGGGGGAAUUUCCAUAGCGAUGGCGCAGGAUUGUUAAUGAAGAGAUUCGCUCACGUUGAAUGAUUCUAUCAUGUUAUUCAAUAUAUAUAUAAAACUAAAUAAU